AUGGAUGACCCAGUCGCAGUAGCCCACGCACAAGAAUCAACGCCCUUGUUGAGAGGAGAUAUCAACACCACCACCAACAACAACAACGACAGGAGACAGGGGACGAGUCAUGACGACGACGACGGCGAUACCCCCAAUUGGUAUUGGCCAUGGCCUGCAGCUUACUGGGCAGCAAUCCCCGUCAUCUUCCUUGCUGGUUUAGCCGUUGGUCCCGCUAUGGCCAUGACUCCCCCCUUGGUCAAGUUCCUCUUCUGUGAGCGAGGCAUCCCAGAUCUCUUCAAGGACAAGAACAGAGACCAUCUCCUCCUUCUUUCAAGCGAUGAGAAGGACUGCGACUCGUCAGAGUACAGUGCUGCCAUUGCCAAGUUUAUAGGCGUCUUUGCUUCUCUCACCUCCGUUCUUGUCACCCUCACUGUUCGGUACUGGAGUUCGCUGAGCGACAGGAUUGGGCGCAAAAAGACCAUGCUGGUUUGGGCUGUUGGUACAACCGUGGCACAUACCUUCCCCCUGAUGGUCUACUACAACAAGGGCAUGAGUCUCUACGUUCUCUGGGUUGGUGGUAUGAUCGAGGGUUCUGCGGGCUCGAUCCUAUGCCUCAUUGCUCUGGUGCAUUCGUAUGCGGCUGAUGUCUCGAGCCCCGAGAAGCGCACCGUUGUCUUUGGACGCAUGAUUGCUGGAUGGUACGCAGGUCUUGGAGUCGGAUCUGCGGUUGGAGGACUGGUUGCGAAAAAGUUUGGAAUGAUAGCGGUGUUCUGGAUGCUGCCCAUUAUCGCAUUCAUCGACGUUCUGUAUGUGUUGAUGAUCCCCGAGUCCCUGACAGUCGCCAAACUUGCAGGAAACAACCAACCCACGAUGACCAACUCACAGAGCCAGGCGACCUUGAUUGACAUCGAUAGUAGCAACUCUGUAGGACCCAACAACAAAUCCUCACUCCAACCCAUCAAACCAGCUACCACCCCUCACCACCAAACGUGGGUCGACCGUGUCAUUCGAUCGUGUGUGCCCGAGCAACUGCCCCACCGCCUGGGUGGCAAGUACAGUAUCGUUGUAUUGAUGAUCACUUGCUUCUUUACCCUCAUGUCGGUCAUGGGAGCCAUGUAUCAGUCGCAGGUCUACCUGCUCUAUAUGUUCAAGUGGACAGGACCUGAACUGAGCUACGUGGGCGCCAUCCAAGGAUUGAGUCGACUGGUCUCGCUGACAGUUUUGUUGCCCCUCAUCAAGAAGCUUGCACCCUCAAGAGCAAAGACCAACCCUGCUCUUGGAAUCAAGUUUGACCUCAAAGUUAUGAUCAUGGGCUUGUGGCUUGAGGCCGUGACCAUGCUCAUCUACGCUGUCGCCCCCAUUGGCGAAUACUUUUACGUUGGUGGCGUUACGGGAGCUAUCGGAUCGUUGUUCUUCCCAGCAACCCGUGGGAUCCUCUCCCAGUCAGUGGCACCAGAGAUGCUUGGAAAGACCUUGGGCACAUUGGCGACAUUCGAGUCAUUGGCAGCCGUGAUUGCACCAUCGUUGUAUGCCUGGAUCUAUGCCCUCACGUUGAAGACCUACCCUUCACUCGUGUUUUAUGUGGCCGCUGGCGUCAUCAUGCUCGCCUCUGGAUUGGCCAUCUCUGUUGCCGUUGCGCAUAGAAACGAGAUGAAGCGUCGUGCCUAA